AUGGCGCCGAAAAUUCUGGUUGAUAAUGGAGGAGGAGUUAUGCCAGAUGUCUACUACGUGAGGCCGAGUAAUUUCUUGUCCGACUCUCGGGACAAGACGAUAAUAACCGGGGAUUCGGAGGAUGAAGUGCUGGGGAAGGUUUAUGAUUACCUGCGCACGCCGGAAGCACGCCUGCGCUACCCAGCGGUGGCAGACCCUACGGAACUGGAAAACAACAUCCGAAGGUGCAUUUUUGUUAAAGGCCAGAAGGUGUUUGGUACCCGAGCACCAGAAGGCGAGUAAGUUUCGGACAGGCUAUCCGAGCCUGACCCGAGAUCGGAAUUCAAUAGACGGGCCCCGGUCAAUGACCGGGGCCCGUAGUUUUUCGCCGUCCUCGUCAAGGACUUUCUUUAGUUGCCGUCGUCGAAGCUCACGAUAACUAUGGCGUUGGCAAUCAGGGUCCCAUCGGUACCCUCAUCGUUAAGAACUUGCAGCCCACCUUGUACGACGUUUAUGUGGCCCGUCCCAUGGGGCAGUGUAGCGAUUACCGCAUCGCCAUCGACCGCACCGGGUUCGGGGACGCCAAUGGUAACGUCAACCCGCAUAUCGUCGGCCGUCUUGCCGAUGAGCCUCUGAAAACCCAAGCUGCUAUGGUGCAGGGCAUCAAAUACGGCCCGCUUGGCGGCGUUAGUGUAGUCUAGUCCAUGAACGUCCACACCCAUUCCCAUUUCCGUAACGCAUCUUACCAGUGCCAUUAUUUCCCCUCCUAAAUUAAAUUCAUUUGCCAAGACUUCUUUCAAUUUGGAUUGUCUUCUUCGACAAAGCCUGCACGGUCUGCCGCCCAAGUUAAACAGGUAGCGACUAACCCCCGCCGCCACGUACUUCCAGGCUUGGUUUGGUCAUUUCUUCGGGAUUCAGCAGCGAACCAAGUUCUUCGUCGCUGAUUUCGGUACGCAGCUUUGCAACCUCCCGAAUAGUCUGCCCGGUUGAAGCUGCUUCCUUAGCAAAUAGCGGCGGCGGCAUCGUAGCCAAUGGCCGGAGCAAGGGCCGUGCCCAGCAUUAAUCCCUUCUCUACCAUGGCGGGGCCCACAUCGGUGGCCUCGAUUCCCUUGACGCAUUGCUCGGCGAAGUUGUUGGCCGAAGCUGCCAGCAAGGAUAUAGACUGCAGGAUGUUGUAGGCGGCCACCGGCAUCAUGGUAUUGAGUUCAAAGUAUCCGCCCUGACCGGCCAGGGUGAUGGUGGCGUCGUUGCCGACAACCUGGGCGGCCACCUGUAUUACCGACUCCGCGAUGACCGGGUUCACCUUGCCCGGCAUAAUUGAACUACCCGGCUGCACCUCGGGGACGGGUAAUUUCACCAAGGCCAGCCCUCGGCCCACAGGCAAUGAACCGGAUGUCGUUGGCAAUCUUAUGCAGGCUGACGGCAAUGGUCUUUAGUUCCCCGCUGGCCUCCACCACCGCAUCUAGGGUGGACUGGGCCUGAAAGUGAUUGUCGGUUUCACGGACACUUACGCCGGCAACCUCGCUUAGAGUCUGGCAGGUGCGGGCCGAAAACUCGGGGUGAGUGUUUACUCCGGUCCCUACGGCUGUGCCGCCAAGAGCCACUUCCGCCAGAGCAUCUUGGGCCCGGCGAAGUCUGCGGAUGCCGUUUUCGGCCUGCCCCGCAUAACCCAGGAAUUCCUGUCCCAACCGGACAGGCGUAGCGUCCUGAAGAUGGGUGCGCCCGGUCUUGAUCACCGGCCAAAACUCAUCAGACUUCUUCUGUAAUUCGUCCCGCAAGAACUCGAGGCCGGGAAUCAGAUCCUCUUUGAUGGCCAGCAGCGCCGCAAGGUGCAUCGCCGUGGGAAUGACGUCGUUGGAAGACUGGCCCAAAUUGACAUGGUCGUUGGGAUGAACCAGUCUAGACCCCAAAUCUCCUCCCAUAAUCUGGGAGGCCCGGUUGGCGAUUACCUCGUUGGCGUUGGUGUUGGUGGAAGUUCCUGAGCCCGUCUGGAAGACGUCCAGAACAAAAUGGCCGUCGAACUUGCCUUCAAUCACCUCUUGGGCAGCUUCGACAAUUGCUGCGCCGAGAGACUCAUCAAGCGCCCCUAGAGACAUGUUGGUCUUGGCCGCAGACUGCUUUAUCAAGCCAAGGGCCCGGAUAAAGGUGAGGGGGAAGCGCAGGUCGCUGAUGGGGAAGUUAAGGACCGCACGCAUGGUGGAUGCCCCGUAAAGGGCGUCCGCGGGCACUUCCAUCUGGCCCAUCGAGUCCCGCUCAAUUCUUACGUUUGAGUUGCUCGUAGUCAUUGCUGCACAACCAUCCUCUUGGUUUGUUUUUUCUAUAGCGCCGACAUGCAGAAGUAGUGGCUAUUUCCCUUCCCUAAUCCAGUCGGCCACUCUCUCACCGAUCAUAAUCGUGGUGGCAUUGGUGUUGGCCCGGAUUACGUCGGGCAUCACUGAGGCGUCCACUAUCCUCAAGCCUUCCAUACCAUGGACCCGGCAAUACUGGUCCACCACAGCCAGAGGAUCGUCGACCGGUCCCAUUUUGCAGGUUCCCGAAGAAUGAUGCUGGGUGCCUACGUUUCGCAGCAUCCAGUUGUCCAGGGCUUCGUCAGAUUCCAGGUCUGCGUCGGUGGGGUUCAACCGCUCGACUAUGAUGUCGGCGAACAUAGGAUGCUCGGCAAUUCGCAGGCCGGUGCGUAUCGCUCCCCGCAUUCGUUCCCGAUCGUAAGGGCUGGAAAGGUAGUCGUAGUUCAAAACCGGCUGGACCUUGGGAUCUGUUGAAGCCAGCCGCAAAUGUCCUGCGCUCACCGCAUUCUGGAUGGCCGCGCUAAAACCGAAAUGGAAGCCGUCAGCUUCUAUGGUAACGUUGGCCGGGCGGUGUUCACUAUUCAUCAAUAUGGGCGCCAACUGGAUAUCAGCGGUAGUGGGCGAACCCUCCAGGCUGAAGCGCAGGCCCACCUGAAUGCUGGGGGCCAAAUCGUCGGGAGCUUCGCCCUUACCCUUGAAAAGGGUAAAGCAGGACGGAUGGUCCCGGAGGUUCUGUCCUAUUCCGGGCAAUUCAUGCACCAGUUCUAUUCCCAUUUCCUGGAGAUGGUCGGCGGGCCCGACACCCGAAAGCAACAGAAUUUGCGGGGAGGCAAUGGCGCCACUGCUGACAAUUAUCUGCUCGCCUUCCAGUACAAAGGUAUCUCCCCCGCUUUCGGCCUCUACACCAACGGCGCGCCUGCCCUCAAAGACGACUCUCCGCGCCGUGACAUUGCCGCGAACCGUCAGGUUGAGCCGAUUACGUACCGGGUUAAGGUAGGUUAUGGCAGUGCUCAUCCGAACGCCGUCGAUGUUGUUCAGGGGCCUUGCAGCAAUGCCACUGGAAUCCGGAUGAUUCUGGUCGGGGUCCUGGCGGAAACCCAAGUCGGCGCAGGCAUCAUAGAAAGAAGUCGCAUGGGGAAGCCACUCUUCUCGCUUGUAGCGCCGUACCGGAAUUGGACCACUGCUUCCGUGAAAAUCGUCACCCGGAAAGUCCAAAUCCGUUUCCAGCUUGCGGAAAUAGGGAAGCACCUUGAGGUACUCCCAUUCAUUAUUGCCCCAGGCCGCCCAGUUGUCGUAAUCGCCGGGAACUCCGCGAAAAAGCACCUGCCCGUUUAUGGAAGUGGAACCGCCAAUGGCCCGGCCACGGGGAAUCUGCACCUGUUCGGCCAUCAACGGAGUACCGGUGGCCGUGUAGCCCCAGUUAUGGGGGCCGUAGGCCGAACGCCACAUAUUGUUGCCUUCCUUCAAAUCCAGGGGCAACUGGUCAAAAUCCGGAUAAUCUGGCCCGGCUUCCAGCAAUAGCACGGACCGGUCCGGGUCCUCGGACAGACGGGCCGCCAGCACACAGCCGGCAGCGCCGGCUCCAAUCAUGAUGACGUCGUAUUUCAUGCCUCUUCCUCGCUC